AUAAAGCCCAACCUGGCAACAUUGGGCAUUUCUCCCAAGGGCUGUGAACUGCUGGCUUUCUGUUUGCUCCUGGGAAGAUGCAGCGGCUGUUGAGUCCAGUGAAACGAGUGCUGCAAGUGGGAAGAGUGAUGCAGGAAGCUUCCUUCACGCCUGCUUGCCUGCUCCCAGCAGCCCACCAAAGGUUUUCUACAGUCUGUGCUGUUCCCCUGGCCAAAACAGAUACUUGGCCAAAAGAUGUGGGCAUCCUUGCCAUGGAGGUCUACUUCCCAGCUCAAUAUGUGGACCAAACUGACCUGGAGAAGUAUAACAAUGUGGAAGCAGGGAAGUACACAGAGGGCUUGGGCCAAACCCAUAUGGGCUUCUGCUCGGUCCAGGAGGACAUCAACUCCCUGUGCCUGACAGUGGUGCAAAAGCUAAUGGAGCGCACACAGCUCCCAUGGGACUCCGUGGGCCGGCUGGAAGUGGGCACUGAGACCAUCAUUGACAAGUCCAAGGCUGUCAAAACAGUGCUCAUGGAACUCUUUCAGGAUUCAGGCAACACUGACAUCGAGGGCAUAGAUACCACCAAUGCCUGCUAUGGUGGCACUGCCUCCCUCUUCAAUGCUGCCAACUGGAUGGAGUCCAGCUCCUGGGAUGGUCGCUAUGCAAUGGUGGUCUGUGGUGACAUUGCAGUCUAUCCCAAUGGUAAUGCACGUCCCACAGGUGGGGCUGGAGCUGUGGCAAUGCUGGUUGGGCCCAAGGCCCCUCUGGUCCUGGAACGAGGGCUUAGGAGUACCCACAUGGAGAACGCAUAUGACUUCUAUAAACCAAAUGUGGCUUCAGAGUACCCAUUGGUGGACGGGAAGCUUUCUAUCCAGUGCUACUUACGGGCCUUGGACCGAUGUUACACAUUAUACCGCCAAAAAAUCCAGAAGCAGUGGAAGCAAGCCGGCAUCGAUCGACCUUUCACCCUGGACGAUUUACAGUUUAUGAUCUUUCACACGCCCUUUUGCAAGAUGGUCCAGAAAUCUCUGGCUCGCCUGAUGUUCAAUGACUUCCUGUCAGCCAGCAGCGACACGCAAAACAGCUUAUAUAAGGGGCUAGAGGCUUUCAGGGGACUAAAGCUGGAAGACACCUACACCAACAAGGACGUGGAUAAAGCAGCUCUAAAGGCCUCUCUGGACAUGUUCAACAAGAAAACCAAGGCCUCCCUUUACCUCUCCACGCACAAUGGAAACACAUACACCUCCUCCCUGUAUGGGUGCCUGGCCUCGCUUCUGUGUCACCAUUCUGCCCAAGACCUGGCUGGCUCCAGAAUUGGUGCCUUCUCUUAUGGCUCUGGCUUGGCAGCAAGUUUUUUUUCAUUGCGAGUGUCCCAGGAUGCUUCUCCAGGCUCCCCACUUGAGAAGCUGGUAUCUAGUGUAUCAGACCUGCCAAAACGCCUCGCCUCCCGGAAGCGUAUGUCCCCUGAAGAGUUCACAGAAAUAAUGGACCAAAGAGAGCAAUUCUUCCACAAGGUGAAUUUCUCACCACCUGGUGACACAAACAGCCUUUUCCCGGGUACUUGGUACCUGGAGCGAGUGGACGAGCUGUAUCGUCGAAAGUAUGCCCGGCGUCCCGUCUAAA